AUGGCGGCCUCUUCGUCGAGAGGACGAAGUAGUUCACCAUUCAGCUACCGAAAGCAAUCGAGUCCGUACUCGUCAUCGUCGUCGACAUCUUCUUUCAUGAACGGUAGAAUCAUGCCUCGCUCUUGCUCGACCUCAGCGACGUCGUUUUACGGCUCAGGCAAUGGGUACAGCUCCAGAUCCAUGACUCCGAGUCGUAAUCGGGGCGAUUCUGUGUACUCCCGGGGCUACGGAAGCCGUACACCAGUUAAUUUUCCGACAGCCGAUGAGUUGAUUAGUGAACCAGUGGAUACAUCGAAAUCGGGGGAUAGCAUUUCGGUGACGGUUCGGUUUCGGCCUCUGAG